UCUCUUUAUCUAUUGAGUCAAACGGAGAAGCAGAAACACAGAGAGCCAAGAGAAAGAGGAUCUUUGCGAUCGAUGGGAGUAGAAAGGGGAGGUGGUAAGGCUCUGAAGCAGAUGUUAAAGAGAUGUUCGAGUUUGGGGAAGAAGAGCAACGUCGACGUUAACUUUAACGGCGUCCCAAAAGGUCACUUCGUCGUCUAUGUUGGUCACUCCAGAUCCCGGCACGUCAUCCCCAUCUCCUUCCUCACGCACCCCAUCUUCCAGAUGUUGCUGCAACAGUCUGAGGAAGAGUUUGGGUACUUCCAAGACAGUGGCCUAACCAUCCCUUGUGAUGAACACUUCUUUCAAUCUCUUAUUUCCUCCAUUAAUCCUUGACGCCCGGGACAAAUAUACAUAUGAAGAAGAUCAUGGCUAGCUAUGUACCUACUUGUGUAUAUCUUUUCGUCUUAAAAUUAUAGUUCUCAUGUAUUAAUUAAUAGUGCAUGAUGUCCUUUGAGAGUUGUAGAGUUCACGUUACGUACGUACUUUUGUUUGAACCUCAUUUUGUUGGAUGAAUUCUAUAACCAAACAGAUUUCGCUUGA